GAGGUGGACGGAAGUGUUGUUACUUACGUCAAUGGUAAAUAAUGCUUAAGGUGUUGUGAAGUGUUGCGUUUUGUCAGUGUUUUUGUUCCGAAAAAUGAGAUCAAACUACGGGUGUGGCGCACCAAAGUUGAAACGUGUCGCGGAGAAGCGGGCGCACCACAAUGCACUUGAGAGGAAACGCCGUGAUCACAUAAAAGACAGUUUCACAAGCCUGCGUGAGUCAGUUCCCGCAUUGCAAGGAGAGAAAGUGGCAAGUCGUGCACUUAUCUUAAAGAAAGCUGCAGACUAUAUUCAGUUCAUGAGGAGAAAAAAUUCCGCCCAUCAACAAGAUAUUGAUGAUCUGAAGAGACAGAAUACACUCUUGGAGUCUCAGAUUCGAACGUUGGAGAAAGCCAAAGCAACUGGUAACUUUGCUGCAGAAACAAGUGAAGUUUCACUUGUUGGCAAACCGGAUGCCAUAGCAAACUUCCAGCCGGAGUCGGAGUCUGACACCUCUGAUUCUGAGACAUCCCACACAACACGUCGUCCUAAAAAACUCAAGGUUACUGGCUUGUAAAGGGUCUUAAGAGAUACCAACAUGAAGCAUUACUGAUGCUCCAAUUUGACAUGUAUAAGCAGACCGUCAGUUAGCUGGCUUCUGUUUCUUCAGGGUAGAGAUUUUAUUACAGGUGAAACUCUGACCGGUACAGAAUACAUGUGCAAGAACUGUGAGGUUGCUUACUGUGUUAUGCAAAUGAAAUUGUGGAAUGUAAAAGCUGAAACAUUUCCUGUCUCUGUACCUGAAACUUGUGCUUAGUUAUGUAAGAUAUAUCCUAUGAAAUGAAUCUGAAUACUGUAAAA